AUGUUAAUCAAUCGCUGUUAUUAUCCUGAAACUCGUAAAGCAAUCGAUCAUUACAGUUACGCUCUGAAUGAAGAAAUAGGAAGAGGGUUUAGUAGCAAAGUUUAUAGAGGAAGAGAUGAAAAUACUUAAAUGACAGUGGCUGUUAAAGUAAUUGAUAUGAAGAUGGUUAAACAGAGCAUUCAUGCCACUUUGCUAAAGAAUGAAAUAAAUGCUUUGAAAUCAUUUAACUCAAAGAACAUACUAAAAUUGCAUGAUGUUUUCUAAACACAGAAUAAUACAUACAUCAUAACAGAGUAUUGCGAUUCUGGAGAUCUGAGCGGUGUAAUAAAAAAGAGAGGAAGAAUAGAUGAGCCUGAAGUAUUGCGAAUCAUGAAUGAAAUAAUCACAGGACUACUGGAGAUUAAUCAAAAAGGAUACAUCCACAGAGACAUUAAGCCAGCAAACAUUCUCAUAGAGAAGCAAACUCCGAAAAUAGCGGAUUUUGGUUUUGCUGUCUAAAUAAACAGUAUGGAAGUCAAACAAUAGGGCAGACAUUAUAACGUAGGAACUCCCCUUUAUAUGUCUCCGUAAGCCUUGAGGUAACAAGGCCACACAGAAAAAGGAGAUGUCUGGGCUAUGGGUGUAAUGUUUUUUGAGAUGCUGUUUGGACAAACACCAUUUACAGCCCAGACAGAAUAAGGAUUGUUAACAGCAAUUCUGCAUCAUCAUCUUGUAAUUCCUUCACAUCCUUCAAUUUCAGAUGCCUCCAAAGACUUCAUCCGUAGAUGUCUUUGUAUAGAUGAGAAUCAGAGAAUGAGAGUCAAAGAUAUGGCAACUCAUCCAAUUUAUUCACAAUAUUGCCCACCCAUUUAUAAGCCAGUCCCUCUCUAAACACAACAAUCAUCCAAUGUUCCUACACCCGCCACCAGAACUCCUAUCAUCAAUAAAGAUCGAUCAUAAAGCCAGGGAAUUAGAGAUUUCCAAUCUAGACCUAAGUGUCAGACUCAAAUUCAUAAUGAUAGUAAAGUCAGUAAGAGAUGUCCAUCAGAAAUGUAUCAUCUACCACAUCCACCUACAACUGUGAUCGAACCUCCAACUUCUGAUCCUAUGAGGUCCAAAAGUCAAAAGCAAAUUACAGAAUCACGAAAAACCAUUACUCAAGAGAAUUAGCUUGAAAAAAGAAGUUUCAAAAAAAACAACACUGUACUUUAAGAACGAUCUAUCAAUGUGCAAACUCAAGUCUCUUAAAAUACUACACCAGUUCAAUCACCUAUGAAAUUUAAGUCAAAUAAUGACAUUUUAUUUGCCUAAAUUAAUUAUUGCAGGUUUCUGUACAAAUUCUCAUAGUAAAUCAUUAAUUCAAGGUAAUUAACUUUAUCCAAUGGUUUAAAAGAGAAAUUGCUAUUCUUAAUGGCUAAGAACAUCGCCAUGAAAAUUUCUAAGCUUCACACUAUUAUUGAUAAGGAGAACUCUAAAGAUAACACCUUCUAACUAGAGGAUUUUGAUAUAUAUAGGAAAGCCGAAUCCUUUUAGAAAUUUAGUUAAGCAAUUGCAGAAUACAACGAAAACUAUAAACGAUAUUUCGAGAAGACAUAUUAAAUGAUAGUUAACAAAAGUCUCCCUCAGGAUAAGAAGUUCGAGGCCUUAUUUGAUAAAGACCUGAGUGAAUUUGAAAGUUUCUACUUCAUUACUCAAUCCUAUCUAAGACAAGCCUUGUAAGAAUUGAAAAAUGAGUUUCCAACUUAGAGUUCAGAUCUAGAUGCUUUUUUACCAGAAGAAUAUAAUUUUAGUUAUUUUGUGAGUCAGUAACUUAGCAAUUACUUACUUAUCUGUCAUUGUACUCUCUAAAAUAUGAAUGAUUAUAAGAAAUUCUCAAAGAUGCUAAAAAUUGAUUAGAUGGUUGAUUAGAAAUAAAAUAGAUGCACAUACAGACAAGUGGAAGAGCUAAGAGGUAAAAUAUAAGAAUUGAUUUCUAAGUGA